CUCCUCAAACAAAACUGUUAUGUUAGACUAUAAUACUUUAAGCUGCUUUUAACUUCCUUGUGAUUAUAGGGAUGAAGUGUAAACGUUUUGUUUAAUAACGACAUCGUAAUUAUUAUAAACUCCGGGUAAGAUCAUAGUCGACCAUCGAGAAGCGGCGUCUGUUUGUGCCUCACACAUGUAACCAAGCUAGCAUGCUAGCUGUGUUGUAGUAGCAGCCGGCCAGCUUCCUGGAUUCAUCUUUUGCCAAUUAUCAAUGCUGUCCAUUUAGGAAAGUCAUUAAGGGUCACCUCGACGGUUCUGCGUUGUCCUCUCAGCAGCGGGGGGCUCCCCCCUUUUGUAUUUCAUCACCAUUCACAUGAAUAGUCACUGAUCACACAACCAUGAAGAACAAACCCAAACAGGCUAAGGCUAAGGGUAAAUCUCUGAAGUGGGCGGAUGUGAGGGGCAAACGCUCCAGGCCUCCCAUCAACUCCUCAGAGCUCAACUCCAGUCCUGUCAUGGCCAGGAUGAUCAAGGAGCACCAAGCCUCUGUGAAGAAGAAACCCAACGUGAAGAGACUGAAGAAUAGAGCAAAAGCAAUCUCCAACUCCAAGAAAAAAGAAACUACUGAGGCUGGAUUAAAUAAAUCCCACACACAGGCUAAUGGGAGUGCUGCAUUUGCGAUGGACAAUGAGUCAAAUGACUCGCAGGACUGGAAGGAGUAUUCCCAGUCCGCCUAUGGGAACGGCGUGGAGACCUCAGGUGUCGUGGAAGAUGUAAAGCCAGGUAGACUGGAGGGAGAGGCCCUCCAUUACUGUGCAGCGAGGGACGAUCGACAAAACCAUGCAGUGCUUGUCAUGCAGAAGGAUCAGACCCUGUGUUUCCGCGGGAAGUGCUUUUUGACCUGUCUGUACGGUCGGGUAGAAGUGAUGGGGUUCACCAUUGAAGAAGGCCAGGAGUCGUAUCCUCUCUUCUCCCCAGCCUCACAUUGUCCGCUGACCAUUAGAGCACUGGAAAGCCCCGUUCGCUCCAGAGACGGCAGAAACGAGGCUUCAAUCAUCCUACAGAAGUAUCUGCCAGCAGCGGCACGAAAGAACUUGCUAAAAAGGAUCAUGUCAAACUCGGCCGUCAUCCUCCUGGAGCCCAUGGAGACGCCUCUGACACGAUUUCUAGGAAGUUUCACUGAUCUCAGUGAAUUAUUCAGCCCCCCAAUGACUGAACUCAUGUCAGCUGUUCUCGACACUCCACUCAACGGUUUGGGUAUGAUCCCCCUGGUCAGAACCGUCGAGGGGCUGAAUAUCUCACAGAGCUGCAGAGAUGCUCUCAACACGGUGGUCAGCGCCUGCAGAGGAGACAUGGACGGUUGUGCAGUUAUCCUCGUAUGUGGCACCAGGAAUGUGGGCAAGUCGACGUUUGUCCGCGUCCUCAUCAACACCUUACUAAAUCACACAACAAGUGUGGAUUAUUUGGAAGGUGACCUGGGACAAACAGAGUUCACUCCUGCUGGUUGCCUGUCUUUGUCGACUGUCAGAGAACCACUUCUGGGUCCUCCUUUCACACAUCAGUGCGCACCAGAGCACAUGAUUUACUACGGUCAGUCGUCAUGCGAAUCAGACCUGGACCGCUACCUGGAAUCCCUGAAGUCUUUGUGGCGCAGACGCUCCCAGAGCAGAGAGACUCCAGUCAUUAUCAACACCAUGGGCUGGGUCAAAGGGUUUGGAUUUCAGCUGCUGGUGGACAUGAUCCGCUUCUUCCCGGUCUCGCAUGUCGUCCAGCUCGGUCACAGUGGCAUCACACAGUGUCCAUCUCUCACUCCGGAGUUUCUGAGGACGGCACAGGGCUUCCAGACGCACCCACCUGCCCAGACCGCUCUGGACGAGUUCACAGAGAGCCACAUUCCCCCGAGAAGUUACACUCACCUCAUCGUCCAGUCAGAGUUUCAAGGAGUGGCGCGCCAAGGAACAGCGAAACACCAGCGCAGUAAUGAGCACAGAGAGCUGUCACUGCUGGCCUACCUGAGCCAGCUGCAGUCUCCUGACCCUGGACCAGUUAGACCUCUGCACAGCCUCACCCCUUAUCAGGUGCCGCACACUGCGCUGGCUUUAGGUGUGAUCCACUGUGAGAUCGCGCCCAGUCACAUGUUUUACGCUGCCAAUGCCAAUCUGGUGGGACUCUGCUGCCUGGGAGAGAAAGUAACGAGCAGGGGAGGCCCAGUGCUGCUGUCACAGGCACCCAUCUGCCCAUGUGUGGGUUUUGGUGUGCUUCGAGGUAUUGACAUGGAGCGAGGGCUGUACUUCCUGCUGACACCUGUAGAUCCCUCCAUCCUCCGUAAGGUCAACUGUCUCCUCUUGGGGGCGAUAUCGCUGCCUUCCUGCAUCCUCACAACACAGCAUGGCUUUGAAGGAGAGAGGCCCUACGUCACUACAGACUACAGUUUUGAUCUCAACGGCGCAGGAAAGCUGCGAGUCUUCAAGGGCCUCCAGAGACCCAGCCAGAUAGGGAUGUAAAGACAUUUUCAACACGCCGUCGUUUUAUUGCCCUUUACUUUUUUUUGACUGGUGUCUGAAGCCAAACCAAGUGACCAGUGAUGGCCUUUUGAAUGUCCAGAACUAGGCUCGAGCUUUUUAAAAAAAAAAAAAGAAAAAAAGUCAAAUUUCAGUCUGGUGGAGCUGCCGGUAUCACAGACUCUGCAGGAGGAGACGGCUGCCUUCCUGUUACUGGACUUCCUCUCCGAAAGCUCUGGGUGUUCCCUUCACGUCUCACAGCCUCCUACUGUAUGUACAUGUUGAAGCCGCUACAAAGGAGUUUUUUCAUUUUUUUCUGUCACAUGGACAAUAAUAUCACUAUUUGUAGUUUAUGCUCUUGUUUGGUGUCUCUACAUCGUAGGUGAAAAUCCAAAAAGCUGCAAGUGAGAAAAAAAAAGCUGCCAGAUAUUAAAGAAAAACAGUAGCUCAGAUUUUGUGCUUUUUCUUGCUUUCAAGUGCAUUUUAGACCCGUGUUUGUUUCUUUUCAAAGUCGCAUAUUUAUACAUCCGUGUAGAUUUCAGUCAAGCCUCAGCCAUUUAAAUCAGUAUUUCACAGUGCUCGGUGUGGUAACCGAUUCAGACCAGAGUUUAUUUGUGACAGUUGUAUCAUUGGAGAAAAUGGCCACUGCCAAGGGAUCAGGGUUUUUUUUUUUUUUUAAUGCUUGCAUCCAACAAUCACGUGAAGGACAGAACAGGACGGAUCUUUCUCAUGACACUCUCUGUAAAACCUGAUGGACUUACUAAAGAAAGAAGCCCAUUCUCUCAGUAUUAUGUUUUACUGAAAUAGCUAUUUUUAUUGCCGACUCUCUCUGCUUUAACUGUUGUACAUUUGGUAUCAUGUUAAAGGGACGCAGUAGUAUUUCCUGCACUUGUAGGUCAUUGGAGAUGUUUUGUAAAUGCCGCCUGUUUACGAUUUCUUAUGUAGGCCUUUUGUUGAAUAUAAAAGAAAAAAAAAAAAUUUGAACACC